AUGAGCGAACCAUCCCCCAACCCCGAGCAACAAAUCCUCGAAGAAUCCACCUCCACAUCCACCCCCCUCGCAAACGGCACGCCCCUCCCCGCAGACAUAGAAAUGGCCGACUCGGCACCAACUCCAGCUGCAGAAUCCACACCCGACAGCGCAGGCGCCUACGCAGCCGAUUCCGCAUGGGAGCCCGACGAGGGUGUAUUUGAAUCAGUAUGUCACGCCGCAUUUGCUCGAGGCGAUGAAGCAUUUGGCGACGACGGAGCCGGAUAA